AUGUUCCUACUCACUGCCAUUGCUUCAAUUGCUGCCAUUCAGGGCGCCUUCGCCCAAUAUAUCGGAAGUGGAUGCAACGGGUGUCAUUCAAUUGGAACUGGAGUGGUACCAGGUGGAUGCGGCAAUUGUCACGUCUCUGGUGGUGGUGGAUGGUCCCAAUGGAGCGAAUGGGCAGGAUGUGUUGCAGUGUUUGGGUUGCAAUCCCAAACACGUUACCGUACCUGCAUCAUGACUACCUGUCAAGGUACAUCAAGUGAAGCAAGGCCGUGCACACCAUAUGUGCAGCCAACUCCUGCUCCCGCUCCCCCUCCCCCUCCUGCUCCUCCCGCACAAUGGACUGAGUGGGGUCCAUGGGGUGCCUGCAGCGCAUCCUGCGGAGGUGGUAUUGCUAGUCGAACUCGGAUCUGUAAUCAUGGUUGCACUGUGAACUGCCACUGUCCUGGACCAGCAGUCGAUACAAUGCCCUGUAAUACACAGCCAUGCUGUGAGUACAGUGAGUGUGAAGCCCUGGGACCAGCAACCGAACAAUCCGUAUGUAAUGCUGAAGUGCCAUGUCCUACCGUCUACGAACCUCCAGCACCACCUGCACCACCAGUUACAUCUGCGCCAACUACUUGCGUAACCUGCUAUAUACCGGUACCACCAUGUAUCACAUGUGUUUAUUAUGGAACUUGUUGCGGAUACGGUAGACGAAAGCGUCAAACCGAUUUACUCGAGUGA